UUGUUACGUUGGUUGGCACUGCGACAAGAUGCCAAGAGUGCGAUACGUCAACUGCACACAAUUCCGGUAAAUUAGCAUUUUUAUCUCUGAAAAAAUGAUUUGGUCCGAGUAUUUGGGCGUUUUCCUUUACUGUUUGAGUCAAGUGAGUGCGGAAUGGAACACAAAAGACUUCAUGAAGCGAGAGCACAGCCUAAUCAAGCCGUAUUACGGCUCUGGCAUCGAGAUUCCGUUCUGGCACUUCACCGGGAGCACGAUAGUGACCCCGAACUACAUACGCCUCACCUCGGACCUCCAGAGCAAGGUCGGGGCGAUCUGGAACUCCGUGCCGGUUAACGUGCGCAACUGGGAGCUGCAAGUCCACUUCAAAGUGCACGGGAAGGGCAAGGACCUCUUCGGGGACGGGUUCGCGAUCUGGUAUGCCAAAGACAGGAUGAAGGAGGGCCCGGUGUUUGGCAAUAACGACUUUUUCCACGGACUUGCCAUCAUUUUAGACACUUAUAGCAACCACAAUGGACCACACAACCACCAACACCCGUAUAUUUCGGCCAUGGUCAACAAUGGCACCCUCCACUAUGACCAUGACAGGGACGGGACACAUACCCAGCUCGCAGGCUGCGAAGCCAAGUUCAGAAACUUGGACUACGACACGCACAUAGCGAUCAGAUACGAGAAAGAUGUACUCACAGUUUCCACCGAUAUUGAAAAUAAGGCGGCCUGGAAGGAAUGCUUCCAAGUCAAGGGGGUGCGCCUCCCGACUGGUUAUUACUUAGGUGUUUCUGCCACAACCGGGGACUUGUCCGAUAAUCACGAUAUUAUGUCUGUUAGAUUAUUUGAGCUGGAUAUGCCUGAUGAUCCUCAGGCCGAUGAGGACAGGUCGAAUAUUGUUCCCUCGGCUACGUUUUUCGAGCCGCCGCGCGACCACGUGGAGGACCCCAAGCCCUCGUCGCUCUCCGGUUUCAAAGUCUUUAUUUUGAUGUUGGUGGGGAGCAUAGCCGUGGUGGCGUGCGUCGUUUUGGGGAUUAUGUUCUAUCAGAAGCAUCACGAGAACAAGAGGAAGAGGUUUUAUUAAUCUCGUUUGAAGGGUUAUUGUAUUACUGUAAUUAUUUGACUGAUUUUUUUCACGGUAGGUAAUUGGGUGCCGAAAUAAUAGUCGAUAUUUAUUAAAUUGUGUUGGUGUAAAUAUGUCAUUUUUCGAAAUGAGAGUGUACAAAACCAUUCAGAUGUUUAUAUUUUUUGUUUAUAUUCUUACAACAGUUUACAACAUUAAUUUAAGAAAACGUACGUAUUCAAACACAUAAUGAACUUAACUGUAACGAAAAAAAUGACUACAAUGACUGACUAAAACGAGAAAUGUGCCAGGAAUCUGGCACAUGCUUUCCAACUAUUUCAGGUUUUUACAUUUGGUUCCGAUUUGUUCAAAAUUUUAUACCUAUAAAACUAUAUAUAAAAGAAAAUGUGAUUUAUAAACAAAAAUUUAAAUAAAUCUUUUUUAAGUA